AUAACUCCAAUGUUUUGCCACCAUUGGCAGCAGCGCACGCGUCUUCUACCCUCACUUAGUCACUUGGGCAUUUAAUCAAACACCCAACAUGCAUUCGGUCAUCUACUCAUCUCACACGAACAACAGAGAUCACUAGAGCUCACAAUGGACUUCAAAGAAGAAGGAAAUGACAGAGUCGAUGUGAAUGAUAAGGAAAGUAGAGAUGAAGGAAAGCAACCACGUCCUCCUCCUCUAAUGGCUUUGAAUCACGUGUCGAGGCUGUGCAGAAAUGUGAAGCAGUCGGUGGAUUUCUACACCAAAGUUCUUGGGUUCGUGCUGAUAGAGAGACCACAGGCUUUUGACUUCGAUGGUGCUUGGUUGUUCAAUUACGGUGUUGGGAUUCACCUGGUACAGGCAAAGGACGAAGAGCGUCUACCAUCUGAUCGAGACCAUUUGGAUCCCAUGGACAAUCACAUCUCCUUUCAGUGUGCGGACAUGGAAGCCAUAGAAGAGAAAUUGAAGGAGCGGAGCAUAAAGUACGUGAAAAGAACAGUAGACGAUGAAGGCAGAGUGAGAAUCGAUCAGUUGUUCUUCAACGACCCAGAUGGGUUCAUGAUCGAGAUAUGCAAUUGCGAGAAUCUUAAAUUGGUUCCGAUGGGUUCAUUAGGGAAGAUAAAGCUUCCAUUUGAUCGACACAAUCCUCCUCUUGAUUUGGAACAAAAUUAGAAUUACAAGCUCAGUAAGUAAGAAUAUAAGUUUGUAAUUUGUAUGCGUAAUGUUGGUUGGGCUGGGAUUUAUUCAUUGCGUUCAUGUUUUGAACCUCUUCGCCGGAAAUUUUCGAUUUGUACGUCUAAGCGUCCUA